UCUUGGGCCACCCCACCCCCCCUCUCUCUCUCUCUCUCUCUCUCUCUCUCUCAAUCUCUCUCUCUCUCUCUCUCUUUUUUCCUGGUCUUGCAUAAGUUCCUUGGGAUAGAAAUUCCUCUGCGUUACUGCAGCCUGUAGGCUCAAAGUCUCCACUUCUGCACAGAGCGUUCCAGGAUCGAGAGAGGAGCCAUGUCGAGCGCAGGUGCGUGGAGCUGUGUGCUGCUGUGCCUCUCGGGACUUCUCCUCCUCUCGCCACUCUUCCACUCCGGGGUCCACGCCGGUAAAGUCCUGGUCUUCCCCGUGGACGGCAGCCACUGGGUGAACAUGAAGCUCCUCAUCCAGGGCCUCCACGAGCGCGGGCACCGGAUCACGGUGGUGCGCACGGCCAGCACCUGGUACAUCAAGGAGGAGUCGCCGUACUACGACUCCAUCACCGUGGCCCUCCCCGAGGCCAUCAACAUCGAGGACGAGGACUUCUUCGUGUCGCUCCUCAGCCGGAUGCUGGAGAUCCAGCGGGCGGGCGCGUCGCCGCUGGCGUUCGCCUCCUUCUUGUGGGUGAUCCUCAACGGGCUGUCGGACAUCCACCGGCAGGGCAGCCAGCUGGCCGUGGAGGUGUUCGAGAACCGGCCGCUGAUGGAGCGCCUGCGGGCGGAGCGGUACGACAUCGUGCUGACCGACCCGGGCCUGGCGGCGGGCGUCCUGGUGGCGCACGAGCUGCGGCUGCCCACGGUGUUCAACGUGCGCUGGAUCACGAGCGGCGAGGGUCACUUCGUCGUGGCCCCCUCGCCCAUCUCCUACGUGCCCACCUCGGGCUCCAACGUGUCCGACAGGAUGACCUUCGUCGAGCGCCUGAAGAACGCCCUGCACUACCUCCUCAACGUCUGCAUCGACCGCUACGUGGUCUGCCCGCACUACGACCGCAUCGUGGCCAAGUACUUCGGCCCGGACGUCGACUUCUACCAGCUGCUGCAGGCCAGCGACCUCUGGCUGAUGCGCGUCGACUUCGUGUUCGAGUUCCCGCGCCCGACCAUGCCCAACGUCGUCUACAUCGGCGGCUUCCAGUGCAAGCCGGCCGAGCCGCUGCCCGACGACCUGGAGGCGUUCGUCGAGGGCUCGGGGGAGCACGGCGUCAUCCUGAUGUCCCUGGGCACGCUCGUCAAAGGCUUUCCCGUCGACAUCACCUCGGAGAUCGCUGCCGCCUUCGCCCGACUCCCGCAGCGGGUCAUCUGGAGAAACCCGGGCGAGCGCCCCAACAACCUGGGCAACAACACCCUGCUGGUCCCGUGGAUGCCCCAGAACGACCUGCUGGGGCACCCCAAGGUGCGGGCCUUCGUGGCGCACGGGGGCACCAACGGCAUCUACGAGGCCAUCUACCACGGCGUGCCCAUCGUCGGCGUGCCGCUCCUCUUCGACCAGUUCGAGAACGUGCUGCGGCUCGAGGUCCGCGGCGCGGCCAAGGUGAUCGACGCCUCCAAGAUCGACCGGCAGAACUUCGGGGAGGCGCUGCAGGAGGUGCUGCACACGCCCUCGUACCGGGAGAACAUGCAGCGUCUCUCGCGCCUCCACAAAGACCGGCCCAUGCACCCCUUAGACAGCGCCAUCUACUGGACGGAGUUUGUCAUGCGCCACAAAGGGGCGGCGCACUUGCGCACCGAGUCGUACAAGAUGCCCUGGUACUCGUAUCACUCUGUGGAUGUGGUAGUGUUCCUGUGCGCGGUGUUGACGGGGAUUAUGGGUAUUGUAGUCUUCACAAUUCGCUUCCUGUGUCUCAGACUGUGCAGGAGAGGCAAGUCAAAGGUGGAAUGAAGGGAAACUGUGGGGGGGGAAAGGGGGGGGUUGUUGUCAAGCAUUAACAAAAAAUGCACUGGAAGUAAUCAUGCAUUUCUGAAGGAAGAGUGAACAUUUGUUUCUCAUUAAGCUUUUACAUGAUUGUCUUUCAUUGCCAAUAAAAUGUGACUAUUCGAAUAUGUAAUAGUCAUUUCUUCAGAACUCUAAAGGCAGUUUUGUAGAAAAAGAAAAUAACAUACUUUAUGCAGCUUUAUGGGCAUGUUGUUCAACCAGGUGAAAGCUUUACCAUACACUACAAAUGUAUAUGCUAUAAAAUUAUUAUUUACCCUACUUAGUGUUCAUGGUUUUAAAUAUGGAAAAAAACAUGAAGGGAUUCUUACAUUUGCCAUUUAUCCGAGAGUGCACUCAAGGAGUUGGUCCAACUUUUCUCUUUAUCUUAAUGCUCAGUCCUAACUCCUUAAAGGAACACGUCAUUUUUUGGGACUCAUUCACUGAAUUCCCCAGAGUUAGAUGAAGUCAAUACAUAGCCUACCUUUCUCAUCUCCAUACAUGUGGUUACUCGGACUGACACACUCACCACUAGCCUAGCUUAGCACAAGUGCCUCGAAGUGGCCAGUUUCGUUAGCUUACACCUCCUAAUAGUGACAAAAUAAUUCCUACAUUUUCCUAUUCACAUGCUGUGCUUUGUAUAGGACCAAAACAAGCAUAUACUACCUGGAGGAAGAAAUGGCUUUGUUUCUAAGAAAGAUGAUCCCAGGAACUACUCAGGUGUGGAAGGAGAUUAUAACCCAGUGCAUAAGCUUCUGAUGUAAUGCAAUGAGAUGGUAUCAGUUACUGCACGAAUCAGGUUACUACAGCUUCAGAUACUUUGUACUUUAUACUUGAUCUUUUUCAUUAUCAUUAUUUAGCAGAAAUGGUUUGGAAAUUAACACUUGUAUAGCUAUUCAUUCUAAAUGCCAUUGAAUAUUAUUUUGUGUUUUUUUUUUUUUUGCUGAUACAAUGAUACAGUACAUGUACUGUAAAUGAUCAAACACAUUUGAAAAUAUCAAAACAUUUAUUGUAAUGCCAGAGUGUUGUACCGUGAAGCCGUGAAAGGCCUUUCUCAGUGGUUCUCCAAACCAACAAUGUCACUGUCCAUGUUUCACGACAAUAAACCCUUGCCUUGUUUGUCCAUGGCACAUGACACAAGUUGUGGUCAGUGCAUAAUGAUA